AUGGAAGUUGAACGAAUUAAAAAUGAAAGACCAGAAGAAGAAGGCAGCAAUGAUAGUGAUAGUGUUGUAAGUGUAAAACGUGAACCUUUUUAUGAAAAUGAUGAAAAAUUUAAAAAUAUUAAACUGGAAAACGAAUUACAUACAGAACUGAUUAUUAAAAAUGAAAUAUUAGAUGAACAUUCUAUUUUAGAAUCACAAGAGAUUCAUACUAGAAGUACAAACAAAUCAUUUUCAUUUAAUAAUCAAAGUCAUUUAGUGAGACAUGAACGUACCCAUAGUGGAGAAAAACGAUUUUCGUGUGAUAUUUGUACUAAAACAUUUACUCAUCAGGAUGAAAUAUUAGAAAAUGCUGCAAUGGAAGUUGAACGCAUUAAAAAUGAAAGUCCAGAAGAAGACACCAAUGAUAGUGAUAGUGUUCCAUUUUCAUGUGAUUUUUGUAAUAAAAAAUUUACUCAUCAAGGUACUUUAGUUCAACAUAAACGAAUUCAUAGUGGUGAAAAACCAUUUUCAUGUCAUAUUUGUACUAAAAUAUUUACUCGGUUAGGUGAUUUAAAUAAACACAAACUAGUUCAUAGUGAAGAAAAACAAUUUUCAUGUGAUAUUUGUAAUAAAAGAUUUACUAGGCAAGGUACUUUAGUUCAACAUAAGCGGAUUCAUAGUGGAGAAAAACCAUUUUCAUGUGAUAUUUGUAGUAAAAAAUUUACUGGGCAGGGUGAUUUAAAUAAACACAAACGAAUUCAUAGCGGAGAAAGACCAUUUUCAUGUAAUUUUUGUAAUAAAACAUUUACUCAGCAAGGCCAUUUAGUUCUACAUAAGCGUAUCCAUAGUGGAGAAAAACAAUUUUCAUGUGAUAUUUGUAAUAAAGCAUUUACUAACCAAGGUAAUUUAAAUCAACAUAAACGUAUUCAUUCUGGAGAAAAACCAUUUUCAUGUGAUUUUUGUAAUAAAAAAUUUACUCAUCCAGGUACUUUAGUUCAACAUAGACGAAUUCAUAGUAGUGAAAAACCAUUUUCAUGCAAUUUUUGUACUAAAACGUUUACUCUUCAAGGUAAUUUAAAUCAACAUAAACGAAUUCAUAGCGAUUUAAAUAAACACAAACUAGUUCAUAGUGAAGAAAAACAAUUUUCAUGUGAUAUUUGUAAUAAAAGAUUUACUCAGCAAGGUUCUUUAAUUCAACAUAAACGGAUUCAUUCUGGAGAAAAACCAUUUUCAUGUGAUAUUUGUAAUAUAAGAUUUACUCAGCUAGGUAGUUUAGUAAGACAUAAACGAUUGUUUCACAGUGGUAUUUGA